UCACAUCUCUUUAGGACAUAAAUUUUUUUGUUAAAAUUUUAUUGACAUCCUAGGUUUAUGAUGCAUUAACUGACGUGGGGAUUGACGAUUUUUGUUCAAGUAUGGCUUCUUUCGCAUGUUUUAUGUUUCCAUGACUGGGAGAUACCAUGAAUUGUGACAAACCUGUUUGAGGUAACGCUAAUUCGGCGAUUUCGGUAUAAGACAGUUGUCCACCGGUUGAUCGUAGGUGACUUCAAAGCAAACCAUCACAGGGAAAAGAACCUCGUUAAUCAAAGUGCCGGCCAUACUAAGUAUCUCUAGAUAGCAUCUUCAUCAUCAGUUUAAAAAAAAUUGUUUGUGCUUUGUGAUGAAUAUCAAAGGUUGGUUAGGUGUGGUUUUACUUUUGUCCAUCGGUUUCUGUGCUUCUUCCCCGAUCGAUAACAAAGUGUUCCAGGAACGUGAUCCGGAAGGUAUCGAAGAGUUGCUGGAAACGCUCCUAAAGCAAAGCAAUGAAACGACCCUGACAGAUCAUCAAGAAAAAAGGCAACAAGUCGAAACUGGAACACUGAUUUGUGAAAGUUUUCAUCUACUGUCGGCAUCGGGUGAGGAGUAUGUGAUCUAUAGUGAAGUGAUUUAUGGUCCCAAUAAUUUUGAAACUGCAGAACACUUCAAUACAAACAGUGACGAUACCGCUAAGCUGCUUCUUUCACUCGUUGGAGGGGGAAAAGUCAAAAAUAUCACUAUCAAGAGACCGCAGAACAAUCAGUUGUAGAAGGAGUUCCAGUUGUUUCAUUGUUUUAAGUGGACAUUCUGUGAUUGAAUAGUUUGAAGUAAUUGAUAUACUC